AUGCUGCAUCCACCUCGCAAUCGCCGCGAUGAGAAGCCAGACGUUGCGCGGGGCGACUUCAAAUGCCCCUUGUUAAAGCUGCCCUUGUGGGAUCAGCCGGCCCUCAUCAACUGGGAGCCGCUCGAGCCCCCAAGCCCGUACCUCCCCGUUGUGCAAAAGCGGGCGUAUCCUUCGGUUGUAAGCGGCAUGCUGAGGGCCGCCUUGGCGUCAAGGAGCCCCGAAAGGGAGGCACACGCGUCUACGCCUGCGCUGGCGGUGGCGGAAGCUCCACAAGAAAUGACAUUUGAGGAGGAGGCGGCGGCUCAGCGUCGCCUCUUCACGGAAGAAUCCGAGGCGAGAGAGACCAUUGUGUUCGCUGAGCAGUUUGAGUCGACCCGGUUGUGGGUGGAGGUGCUGCACUGCAUCAGCGUCAUCCUUGAAGUGGAUAUCCCGUCCGCGGAGGAGGAGGCGCGAAGUGCGUACGAACGCGAAGAAAACAGGCUGCGCAUGUGUUACCUGAUUGAAAUGGAUACGGUCGGCCGUUGUAUUAAAAAACGCUUGGAGGAGGCAAUGCGAAGAAGCAUUUCCCAAUUGAUGCCAUCGCACAAGGAGGGACGUACCAGCAUUAUGAAUGAGGAGGCCGGGGAACUAGCGGGCAUCUUGGAUUGGUUCAAGAAGAAGCGCCCGUUUGGAAUGCGUCUGCCCGCCUGCUUGGGUGGUGAGCAGCGUCGAAUGCAGCCGCGGAAACCAGUGGGAGGACACCGCGUGACUCAUCGGGGACGCGGAUCCAGGAACCUUGUGCCCAAAGUCCAGACGAAGGUGUGCCCCGAGCUGGAGUCGUGGCCGGACGUUUUUCCAGAGCCCUCCUACAUGGAGGAGGGGAGGAUGGCGUGGGCAUCCGUCAAGAGCUCGAGGUACGGCCAACUCAAGGGUCGCACGUCAGUAAAGGACGUUGUCGAGCAGGAGGGGGCCGCACGUGAAGGACUUCUUGCGGAGGAGGCGGGAAAGUGGCUUCCGAUUAUAGCACUUGCCGUGGACGAGCAGCAUGAGGCAAUGCAGCAGGCGCAGAAACGAGAGAGGGCCGAAAAGGUAGCCAUGGAGGAGAAGUUAGAGGAACUGCAGAAACGUGACGCCAUCUUAGCGAAGCUGGAAAAUGAAGACGCUGUAGAGAGGGAAAUGAGUGCAAUAAAGCAGCUGGAGCGGCGCGAAGCUGGAGUUGAAGAUGCAGCGGCAGUUGAGCAUGAAAUAGCCGUAGUGAGGCAGCUGCAGGAGAGAGAAGCCAGUUUGGAAAAUGAAGAUGCUGUAACGCAUGAAAUUGCUGCAAUAAAGCUGCUGAAGGAGCGAGAAGCCAGUUUGGAAAAUGAAGAUGCUGUAAUGCAUGAAAUUGCUGCAAUAAAGCAGCUGCAGGAGCGAGAAUUCAGGUUUCAGGCGCAGUUGAACAGGGCGGACAACACCCUAGCCAAGGCGGAGCCGGGUGCCCUGCAGCUGCAUGGUCCUGCAGGUGGCGAUGGCGUUGGUCAUGACAGUGACUUGGAGUCGCGCAAGGAACUUGAUGCACGUGAUGAGAAAAGCAGCUCGUGGGACAGUGACUCCAACGGCCCGCCACUGUAUCCAAUGCUAAACAUUGUGUUGAGUACUGCGCUUGAGCGUGAUUCUUACGCAGGGCUUCAUAAUCCUGGGUUCGCUGCUCUUGCAGAAGCGGAGUGUUUGCUGGCGGCCUGCGAGGGGCGCAACGCAGGCAGUGCCGCGCAGGCCUUUGUCUCUGCUAGUCGCAUGCCGUUGUGUCCGAUAUACCUCAUGCAAGGUCUCUGGUGGUCUUGCAACUCAACUGGCGAGGCCACGGGGCCCGGUGCGGCUCACGUUGUCGGCGAAGAUGCCCCACACCUGCAUGGAUUGGUGAAGCUGGAAGCAGCAUCCAGGUCUGUGUUUUUGCGGGAUCAGAUUGCCGCCGUCUGGAAGUUGUAUCAGCAGGCAGCACAGGAGGCGAGCACGAUCAGCGGCACCAAGUAUGGUGAGAUUUACUACGUGGGUGUCCGUAUGCCAAGCACCGCCUAG